GUGAACUUUAGGAAGCUGUCACUCAGAUUAGAGAAGCACUGAGGAAAGCACGGGUUUGGACCAUCUUGUUCCUCUGGCUUGUUUCUUUCUGGAGCAGACAUGUGUGGCCUCAGAUUCAUCAUGAUACAAGUUGAACUGGUUUUUUGCUACCUCCUGCUGCACCCUGUGGAUGUCAUUUCACAUGGAAACUGGACAAACAUUCCCUCAUCCUUGAGAUCCUGGCCACCUUCCUCAGACUCCUUGUCCUGCCAGACUCUGCUCCCAAAGUCCCUGCCUGGCUUCACCUACAUGGCUCCUCUGCCCAAGUUCCUGGUGGGCUUGCCACUAGUGAUUGCCCUGGAGAAAGCUGGUUGCCAGGCUGAUGUCUGGCCCCUGCAACUUCAGCUGUACCGUCAAGGGGGUGUAAAAGCUACACAGAUCCUCAUCCGACAUCUUCAAGAGCUCCAGAAAAGGAGAAGCACGGGAAGGGCAGUUUCCAUGGAUGCCCUGGCCUCUGCUCUACAGCUGUUGGCCAGGGAGCAACCAGGCCCAGAAAGGGCUCGACGCUCCCUUCCUAUCAAUGACUGUGAGCAGGCGCAGGAGGAAAAUGUGCAUAAUGUAGUCCGGUUGUUUCCAGUAGUGGGAACCUACUACAAUCUGGGCACAGCUUUGUACUACGCUGCUCAGAGCUGUUCAGACAAGGCCAAGGAACGAGGCCAAGAUGGGCUCGUAGACAUGGGUUAUGACCUUCUGAUGACCCUUGCUGGAUGGUCUGGGGGACCCACAGGAGUACUAAUCAGCUCUGCACUUAAACCUGCAGUGAAGGCAGGGAUUCAACAGUUGAUCCAGUAUUACUAUGAGCAAGAGGCUAACACAGCUCUGCCAGUGAUCAGCAGGAAGGCCUUGGGGGGUAUCUCAGAUGUGGGUGACCUGGAAGAAACAACUACCACGGCGCUUUGGUAUUAGUUCAGCUCUCUUAUUAGUUUAGGGUUUAUUUAAUGACUCUGACUUAGAUGCUGGGGAUGGUAGUCUUGGGGUAUAAAAGGUGGUGAUCACAGAAUGAAUAAAUGUAAUAUUUUG